CACUUUAGCUCAUUAACAUUGUAGUCGAGUCAAAAGAGGUUUUAUAACUUUUUUUUUUCUUUUUAAAAAAAAUUUCAAGUGUAUUUUCAAUAAAAACAGCAAAAUAAAAAAAAAUUGAAUUGUAAACGAAAAUAAAAUUACAUACACAAAAUGUUUCGGUCUGUUGCAUGUGAAAUUCCGAUUUUAUUAAGAAACGUCCAAAAAACUGGUGCUAAAGUAGCUGCAAAUAAUUAUGCAACCGAGGCGACUGCUGAAUUAAAACCGUUUAAGUUACAUAGACUCGACAGUGGACCUGCAUCAUCAACUACAGUAACAAAAGAAGAUGCUAUUAAAUAUUAUACACAAAUGCAAACCAUUCGGCGUAUUGAAACAGCUGCCGGUAAUUUGUACAAAGAAAAAAUUAUUAGAGGUUUCUGCCAUUUAUAUUCCGGCCAAGAAGCUUGUGCUGUUGGCAUGAAAGCUGCAAUGAAACCACAAGAUAACAUAAUUUCUGCCUAUCGUGUUCAUGGUUGGACAUAUUUAAUGGGUGUAUCACCAUUAGGUGUUUUAGCUGAAUUGACUGGACGUCAAAGUGGCUGUGCUCGUGGUAAAGGUGGUUCUAUGCAUAUGUACGCACCAAACUUCUACGGUGGUAAUGGAAUUGUAGGAGCUCAAGUACCGUUAGGCGCUGGUGUAGCAUUAGCUUGUAAAUAUAAAGAAAAUGGUGGUGUUUGCUUAGCUUUAUAUGGUGAUGGUGCCGCAAAUCAAGGUCAAGUUUUUGAAGCUUAUAAUAUGGCAUAUUUAUGGAAAUUGCCAUGCAUUUUUGUUUGUGAAAACAAUGGAUAUGGUAUGGGUACAAGUGCUGAACGUGCUGCUUCAAAUACCGAUUAUUAUACACGUGGUGACGCACUGCCAGGUAUUUGGGUUGAUGGUAUGGAUGUACUAUCAGUUAGAACAGCAUUCCAAUUUGCUAUUGAUUAUGCUGUUAAAAAUGGUCCACUUGUUAUGGAAGUAUUUACAUACCGUUAUUCUGGACACUCAAUGUCCGAUCCAGGUACAAGUUAUCGUACCAGAGAAGAAAUUCAAGAAGUAAGACAAAAGCGUGAUCCAAUCACGUCGUUUAAAGAUAGAAUCAUAAAUGAAUUUGGUUUAGUAACGGCUGAUGAACUUAAAGCUGUUGAUAACACUGUACGAAAAGAAGUAGAUGAAGCAACCAAUAAAGCUAAAAGCGAUAAAGAAAUCCCAUUAGAAGAACUUUGGACCGAUGUUUAUUCAAAUAAUCUUGAUCCAAAAAUUCGAGGCACCAUUGGUUUUAAUUUAGCUCAUAUUCACAAGAAUAAAGGUGUAAAUCAUUGAUUUAAUCGAAAAUAGUUAAAUUAAAAUAAAAAUGAAAUUGUUGCGAGAUAAAAGUUUUAACUUUUAAAAAGAAUUUUUUUUUGUGCAAAAAUAAUGUUAAAACUUAUGAUUUAUUUUUGUCUUCUAUUUAAAUGCUUCUAUUUGGAAAAUUGUAAAUUAUUAUAUUAAUUAAAAAUAAUGUAUUUAAGUGAAAAAAAUAACGAUUUUAAAAAUUUCUCAAAAAAUCACUUGUAGAAAUCGAAAACAUACCUACCUACUCUUAUUUAAGAAAAAAUCAAAUUGAAUACAAUUAGGAACCAAAAGUGAUACAACUAUAAAAUUGUACAUAAAUAACCAUAACUCAACAAUAAAAUAAAAUUUUACAAAAUAAAAGAAAAUAAAUUGUAACAUAAAUUUUGAAAAAAAUUAGUUGAACUUUUUAAUUAUUUUAAAUUUUUAUUUAAAAACAAAAAAAAAUAAUUUAUGCAAUAAAAAU